CUAAACGGUUUAUUUCGUGUGAGUUUUAACGCUGGGCGUAUAUCAUCCAAAAAACUAACAACGCCCAAGUCUGUCCAAUCCAAACCUUUCAACCUGCGCAUGCGCAGACUAGUACACGCGGCAACAAGGGGAAAAUAACCAAUUUUGCACACGACACACUCGGGUUUUUACCAGUUUUUGCAGAAGGCACGAAUAUCGGGAAUAUGAGAUUUUUUUUGUGUUCGGAACAGCUUGGCUGGCAUUCAAAUUUAAAUAAGAAGACAUAUUUAACAUGGAACUACCGAUUUGUUAUUGGACUUGUUGCACUUACAUUUGCCUUGGCAUCACAUGAAGAUUCUGAAACUAAACAAACAACGUUAUCAAACCUAACACAAACUUCAAAACCAAAUCUGAUUAUUACCAGUUGUACUGCAGAUGGCUGUAUAUUUCAAGUCAACACAACACAAGUGCUUGCCGAUGAGUUCAUAAAAUACACAGAGAUUGUGUUUAAAAGAUAUUCAAUGCCAGGUUUCUCUUAUAUAAACAUUGAUGGUUUAAAUCACUUACUAAUUGACUUGGGGGUUGAGGAAACAACUUCAGAUGAUCAUGAUCAUGAUCACGACGAUCACGAUGAUCAUGACGAGUAUGCUAUACCAGAAUAUUAUUCUUAUGAUGAAAAUAAUAUUGACUAUGAUAAUAUUGAAAAACCAAAGUGUCGCAAGGCCAUUGAUAUUCUGUCGGAAUAUUAUCCUUAUGUAAAUGCGUAUGAUGUACGUAUUGGGCUGGAUGAUUUUAUAACAAUACUACCUAAUGUGGUGGAUAGUGUUUAUGAAUGUCGCAACUUGUCACUUUCAAAGCAAGGUGCUGACAAACACGAGCAUUCGAGUCAACAUAGCACAGAAAAUAGGGGAAAAGUGUGGGGAAUCGCAAUUCUUUCAGUGACUGUGAUCAGUGUUUUAAGUGUGAUUGGAAUUCUAAUCGUGCCAUUGAUGCGUCACAAUGACCAUUUCAAUCGACUCAUCUCUUUUCUUGUUGCUCUCGCGGUUGGAACAUUGACAGGAGAUGCUUUACUUCAUUUACUGCCACAUGCAAUGGGUGAACAUAAUCACACAAGUGCAGAUCAUGCUCAUGACCACGGGAAUGAAGACAAAAACAAAGAAAAGGAAAAACUCAUGAAAAGUUUGGUGGCUGUGGUUGGAAUGUAUAUGUUCUUUGUUAUGGAGAGCUUAAUGGGGAUUGCAAGACAGCGUAAAAAUAUGAAGAAAAUGAAAAAUGAGAUUCCAAACCCAAUUAAAGUUUCCCCGACAGAUUCUUCAGUUGGUUCUCCAAUUAAAAGUGAUGUUUCAUUUUCUACACGUAUGGAGUGUACAGAUUCAUUACUUAUACCAGAAACUGAUUUACGUACUAAUAAGGAUGGAAGUAUUAUUACAUGUCUCACGAAUAAUCAUUUUCCAGGUACUUGUUCAAAUGAACCAAAUAACGCAUCAAAAUCCGCGGCUGGUGAUUGUCCUGAAAUAAAAAUAGCUAAUGGACACAGAAACGGUGACCACACCCACGGACACACCCAUCAUAACCAUGAAGAUCUUCUUAAAAGCGAGGGAGUAAAAGACUUGGCGUGGAUGAUAAUUAUGGGGGAUGGUCUUCAUAAUUUUAGUGAUGGAUUAGCCAUAGGUGCUGCAUUCAGCAGUAGUAUUGCUGCAGGGUUAGGAACUUCGCUUGCAGUAUUUUGCCAUGAACUUCCACAUGAACUCGGAGACUUUGCAAUUUUAAUUAAAGCUGGGAUGAGCAUAAAGAAGGCCAUUCUGUAUAAUGGGUUGUGUGCAUGUAUGGCAUUCAUUGGAGCUAUAUUAGGUUUGGUUGUGGGAGAAUACACAACUUCCGUUAAAUUGUGGUUGCUUGCUAUAACUGCUGGUGGCUUCCUUUACAUAGCACUUGUUGACAUGCUUCCGACAAUGAAAGAAUCAACACUAGAAGGUGAUUCUACAGUUCGUUUCAUUUUACAAAACAUUGGAUUUAUGUUCGGUGUUUUCUUUAUGCUGCUCAUUGCAAUGUAUGAGGAAAACUUUGCAAAUAUUUUUUAAGUGCCGCAUGUGUGCUGUGAACUAUGACAGGCUGUUUAAUUCUAAUUGAAUUUCAUGACAAAUUAUCACAGCUGUGUCAUAUGACCAAUGCAGUUAAAAUCUCAGUCAAAUGCACAAAAAACAUUAUUUAUGAUGAAGUACUAAUGACCAAAAAUAUUGUAUGUGUAAACAUGCUGGAAUGUUCACUGCAUUUAUUUGCUUUACUGCAGUUUUGGUGUGGUAGUGUGACUCGUAAAAAACAUUUUUAUUUAUUUCACUGAUAAGUGUAUGCAGUUUUAAAUUGCUAACUUAUAUUGUAUUUCUCAGAAAUUUAAUGUUCCCUAAUACAAAUGAUAUUGAUCAUCUCAUUUUAUGUUUCUGAUUCACACUGUUAUGUUACAACAAAACUUUUUCAGUAGUUUUGGUUAAAGCCUUUGUGGUUCCGUGUUCGUUUGUUAAAUAUAGUAAGCAAUAUUGUAAAAA